UUGUAUAACAUAUUAUACUUUAUAAACAGUGAAAUUCAACCAUGGUACACUGCAGAGCAGAUAAAAAAUGCUGCCCACCUACUGAAUACUUUAAGAUUCAACAAUGGCUUUGAGCAGUGGUUUGCACCAGAAUACAAGAGAGGGCAAGGACACCAAGACUACUCCAUUCUAUGUGGUUUAGGUGCAGAAUUUUUAAUAGAUCUCUUUGGUAAUGUAUGGAAUAGUACAGAGAAAACUGUUGUUUUGCCAAAAGGGAGAAAGAAGUUUCAGCCAUACUACUUACCUACAAUUGAUGCUACUGUUGACCAGAUGAGUCUUCCCCUUGGCUAUGCCUGGGAUAAGGAUCAACCAGAUCCUGAAAAGCUUUGUGAUGCAAACAAUUGUGUAGUCUAAGACCAUGACUAUUGUCGACUGUUAACUUGUGGUCACUCCUUUCAUAUCCACUGCAUGCCUGAUGGAAGUUGUCCAGUGUGUUUGCCAAACCUAUUGUAAUUUUAAAAUAUUUUAAAAUUACUAUGCUCAUUGCUGAUCAAAAGACCUUUCAAACCUAUUGUCUAAAAUCUCCACAGUUUCUACUACUUUCAAUACUGGGCUUCUAGAAAAGAACGACGACAACCUUGAUGAUAGUGACAAUGAGGAUCCUGAUGAUGAUAAUGACGAAGACGAUAUGCCAAGCACUCCAAAGAGUUCAUCGUUUUAUUCAUCCGCCGAGUUCAAGAUAUCCCUAAAAAAUCGAUUCCAUCGAAAAGUAGCAGAAGAACGUGGUCGAACAGUAAGUAUAUCUGAAGCGAACCCAAGUGCAUUGUCGAGUUCAAAUGUAAAUUGUGAAAAUUCAUAUUCGAGAUUUAAAAAUCAUUUUUGAUAUAUUGUAGAGCAUAUAUCUAAGUUUCUUUUGGUAAAAAAUGAAGCUUAUAAACUUAAACAGCUCCUUAAAAAAGACGAUUUUCGAUGUGUUGUCAACGGAUCGGCAGACAGGGAAGAAUGCGAUCAAAACACCGAAAUAGAACGCGAUAUUUUUGGCGAUGUCGAUAAAAUGUCUUCGAAAAGACUACUCACUCCGAAAGAUAAAUGUCUAAGAAGCUUCCAGGAGGAUUCUCGACCACAGACAAAACAUUUUUGGCGGUUUAAAAGCAAUUUUUCCAUAGAGCACUUUUCAGCAGUUUAACGGCCGCCAUCUUGGAUUUAGCUAGAGCCGCGCAUGCGUAGUCGUUUUUCCGCUCUGUCGGCUCGUACUUUCUGAUGUGGAGUCAAACUCGGUCAUUGAAUCUGCUCCCUUUUGCAUAGUAGGCACGCUCGCCAAGUUUGACACAAAGUCUUCAUUAGUUGGUUGGCUUGUUGACAUC